AUGGAGCUCCAGCAACUACGAGCAUCUUUGCCUCACUUUGGGGCCGCAAUGUCCGCAUGUGCCGCAGGCCGACAGUGGCAGCGGGUGCUCGAACUCCUCUGGCGCAUGCCCGAACGACAACUGAGCCCGGAUGCGGCGUGCUUCGGGGUGGCGGCCGGUGCCUGUGAAAGAGCUGGACACCCCGUGCUCUCUAGCAGCCUCCUGGCUGAAAUGUGCCAAGCUCCUGGCCAGAAUCCAAAGACUCUUACCAUCGGUUUCACGAAUGCAAUGACCGAAGCCUUUCGCGGAUCACGUUGGGACAGGGCUCUCCAGCACUUCAGCGAUGCAGUGGAGAUGAGGCUGGCACUGGACAUUACUGCCUACGGUGCUGCGUUGGCCGCAUGUCAGAAAGGCGCCGCCUGGCUGGAAAGCCUGGAGAUCCUCAGAAACUUGAACAAGGCCGAGAUGUUGCCGGCCAAUGCCUCUGGCUUGCUGGUUGCUUGUUCUGCUGCGCUGGGUGCGUGUGCACAUGGCGCUCAUUGGGAGCAUGCUUUGGAGCACCUCGCCUUCGCCCAGCACCUCGCGAGCCUGAGUCAAGAGGUCAGCCAACCAUUUCUGGUUGCCCUGCAUGGAGCAGUGAGCGUCUUUGCCGAAGCCCGUCGCUGGGAGCAGGCGCUUGAACUGCUGCCACAGAUGCGGAAGGAAUUCGCUGGUCACUCGGGUAUCCCACUGACCACCUUCCGUGCUGCAAACGCUACUGCAGCCUCUUGUGGCCGGAGCCUGGCAUGGCGAAAGGCAUGCCUGUUGCUCUCCCUCGACACUGACUGCCCAGACAGCCUGGAGCCCUCGGACUUGGCCUCCUUCAAUGCCUCCAGGAGCAUCGGCCUGUUCCUGGCGUCAACGGCCUGCGAAAGAAGCCAGGUCGCGCACAGGUCGCUCAGCUGGAUGGACAGAUCGUCUAAGUCUUGGCACGCCGCAAAGGCGGCCGGCUCCGGGAUCCCUUCCCUGGCAGCAGAUUUGGCUCCAGUGGCGACUGCAUUGCUAAAUACAGCAUCCCUAUGCAAGGACAGCAUUGCAAGGUUCUUCGGCCGAGGCACCUUUCAGCCGCUGCUGCGAUGCCUGGAUGACAUGGCACGACACACUACGGGUUGGAGCUCGCAAUCGCGAGUUGGCGAAUUGGGAUUGGACGGGCUAACAGACGUUGGACUGCUGUAUGGGCGCUUGGUGCACGCACUUAGCACUUGCAAAGUGUUCGUCCGUUUUUGCCGGCUUGACCUGUGCCUGAUUGAUCGAAAGCUAAGCGCAGCUUGA